AGUUAGGUAAUAAAACAGCAUCCGGUUUGGGUUAUGCUGUUGGAAGAGCAAGAGCAAGAAUAAGAGUCACCUCCUCCCACGGAAAAGCCCACAUGAAAAAUGCUAACCCAAUCAGCACCGUCCAGGUAAGGGGUGCAUAUUGUAAACGAGGGCGCACGUUAGCCUCACCCCCCACCGAAUCGGUGCUGCCCUCCUCCUCGUCCUAUCCUGUCCACAUCUCAAAAUCAGCCGCACACCACAUACCACCACCACCCAAUAUGUUACCAAACGCCACCACCACCAAACCUAACCCCCAUUUUCCACCCACCUCUUCUUUUUUUCCUUUUUCUUCAUUCCUUUUCCUUUUCUCUCUCUCUUAUGGCUUCCCCCGUACACUCCACCCCUCCCACAGAUCCACCCUCUGCCGUGCCCCUCGCACUCUCUGUCCCACUCCCAGUCCCACCCUCCUCUCGCCGCCUUCCUCCGCCGUGUUGGUCCCCUGACGAGACCCUCGCUCUCAUCGACGCUUACCGCGACAAGUGGUACUCUCUUGGCCGUGGAAACCUCAAGGCCACCCACUGGCAAGAGGUAGCCGACGCUGUCUCCCAGCGUUGCCCCAAUGCCUCGCCGCCCAAAACCCCCGUCCAGUGCCGCCACAAGAUGGAGAAGCUACGCAAGCGCUACCGCACCGAGAUCCAACGCGCUCGCUCCCUCCCUGUCUCUCGUUUCAACUCCUCUUGGGUCCACUUCAAGCUCAUGGAUUCCAUGGAGAAAGGUCCCUCCCCUGUCAAACAAGAGAACGAUUCCGAUAAUAGCCAUGACGGAGAUGCCGUUGACGACGACGGCGACGAUGACGAUGAUCAAGAUCUGUACGAGGAAAUCAAGAACGGCCAUGGAUCUAACACGAGGAGCUUGAACAAAUUGUAUAGGAACGGGCUUGUUGGUUCUGGUGGCGGUGGCGGUGGGUUUAGGAUUAGAAUUCCGACUGGGUUGAACGUGGCGCAACCCGGGUCCAAGUUAUUUGGGAAGGUUGGUGGUAAUCAGAAAUUCAACCCCAAUUUGAAUCACAACCCUAGCUCCAAGGUGUUGGGGAAGAAGAGGGAGAGGGACCCUGUAGGAGAGGUUGUGUCUGCGAUUAAGGUUUUGGGAGAUGGGUUCGUGAGAAUGGAGCAGAUGAAGAUGGAGAUGGCGAGGGAGAUUGAGACCAUGCGGAUGGAGAUGGAAAUGAAGCGCACUGAGAUGAUUCUCGAGUCCCAACAGCGAAUUGUCGAGGCCUUUGCCAAGGCCGUUUCUGAAAAGAAGAAGAAGCCAAAGAGAAUACCAUCGCCCCAACAACCUUAACAUAGAUCACGGAAGUAACAUAAUAUUUUGCAGUUGUGCGCUACGUAUCACAAGGAAGUAAAUUUCGAAAGAUGCAAUCUAUUAAUGUUAGAGAUGCUGCUUUGAACUUAAUAGAUGGGCUGACUGGUUAGCAAAAGAGGCUCUCAACAAGAAUUGGGGUUUCUAUCCUAUCUCUUCGCCUCACCAGGAGCUGUUACACCUUAUGGAAGCUGAUAUUUGGGAUCCUGGAGACUUUUCUGGCAGCAUUUGAGUUUUCUUGUUUUGCUUGUCUAGUUUCCUAUUUUGUUUGUUUUCUUUCUGUCGCUUUCUUUCUUUGUUUUCUGGGCUUUUAGCCCCUGAUUGUAUAAAAAAGAAAAAGAAAAAAAAUGAUGCUGCUUUGAAAGAAGAUUG